GGUGAGAUCCCGGGUCAAGGGGGACAGGACGUGUCGCCCAUGGAUAUCCCUUCUACGGCCACACCAACACUUGGCUUCGGCAGAGACGGUGUCAGCAGGGAGCGGAUAAUUCCACAAGCCAACCAUGGUCCUCAAGGAACUCCACGUGGCGACGGGAGUGGAACCAUGCGUUCUCAAGGGAUUGUCAUUAACGACAUGGCACGGCAAAGGCAUGUCAGUUCAAUGUCCACAAUCAUUUCCGUUGUCGAACGCACGGAUAAAGGACAAGUCCCUAGGUCUCCCUUGCGCCACGUGGAGCCGUCGAACACGUUGAUGGUCAGGGGGUCGUCAAGGGUUGUCUCACUUUCCGCACAACCAGGAAGUGCCAAUAUCCAUGCCACCGCCACUGCUGCGGGAGAAAGGCGAGAAGAUCGGAGGGUCGCAAAGGUGGGGAGGAAAGAAGAGAGCAAGGAUGAAACUCCGCGGGCAGCCGACGAGGAAGACGAGUCUCUGAACUUGAAGAAGAAAAGAACGCGUCACGAGGAAGAGUUGGAGGCGAAAUCCAAGCUCUGGGGGUACGGGAAAACGUUCAGUGGAAGUGGACCUGGUCGCAUGAUUGCAGACGCCGUGCAUGAUUGCACGGUCGUGCAUGAUUGCACGGACUAUAAUUGUGCAAUCGUGAACGGUGAUGCAGGCACCACCGCUCCGCAUGGCGUCAUCAUGCCAACCCCUGAUGUUCUGCACAUGCGAAUCGAAGAUCCGGCGCAACGAGAGCCAGCUCUACGACGAGCGAGACGGGCGGAGAACGUCGCUAUGCGCGUCAUCCACGAAUGGAUAUUCAGGUCGCCUUCAAGGUCCGAUGGUUUUGCUCGCGCCGAGUCGUAUGUCGUCGUCGAUUACCCCACUGAUCUGGCGAAGCAGUUUGGCAGAGCGUGGAGUGGUCGAGGGUAGUGCCGCCUAGUGUUGUCUACCACACGCUCGCUUUGAAAAUGGACAUUCCAUUGUGGUAUGCGGGGGCAUGUAUCG